AAAAAUGCUUCUUCUCUCUUUAUUUUUAUUAAUAUUAAAAACUUUCUUUUUUCUAAUUUUAUUUAUUACUUGCAUUUCUUUUCUGGGCAUAACUACAGGUGUUAGAAAGGCUUAUGUUUAUUUGUUGCUGUGGUUAUUUGAGCAAAUGGCCAAAUUAGAAAAAGAAACAACAAAUCCAACAACAUUUAAUAUAGAAACAACUCCAGAAAAAAAUUUGGAACAAAAUUCUUCCCAAGAAUCCUCCUCAAAAGAAUCAACUCCCGCCACCACCCCCCAAGAUUCUGAUAAAUUUUAUGGAAUAAUUAAAAGGAAGUGGUCUAGAAAUAUUGAAAAUAAAUUGGUAGAACAUGUGGGGAAUUCUACUGUACAUCCUUUAGCUCAAAAAGUUGCUAAAAGAGUUGCUAGUCAUGCUAAAGGGUUGAAGUUGUUGGCGGAAGAAGGCAAUGAAAUAAACGAUGCUGAAUAUGCAACAAUUAAAGUAUUAGCAGCAGACACUCUAGCUUUUAUUACUUCCGGAAUUGAAGCAAUCAUUGAGGAUGAUGUAACUCAACGGUUUGAAGCUGCACAAUUACCAACUUGGAAUUUUUUGUCGAGGAGUAGGGGUGGAUUGAGAGUUCGGUGGUAUUCCUAUUGUAUUUGGGCUAUUGGAGCAUUUAUUCGUUAUGGCUUGCUUUUCCCCUUUCGCUUCUCAAUUUUUAUUUCUGCCAGUUUUUUAAUGGGGACACUUCCAGCACUUGUUGGCUAUAUUCCCAAUGAAAGUCUCCGUUCAUGUUUCUAUCAACUAUCAAUGUUAAUGUGUAUGAGAAUGUGUAUGCGUGCAUUCUCUACAAUUAUUACCUUUCAUGGGGAAGAAAAUAAGCCUAAAAAUGGAAUUUCUGUUGCAAAUCAUACUUCUCCUAUUGAUGUUAUGAUUCUCUCAACAGAUAAUUGUUAUGCAAUGGUAGGACAAAGACAUGAUGGUUUCCUUGGGUUAAUCGAAAAAGCCUUGGAUAGAGGAGCUCAUCAUAUAUGGUUUGAACGGGCUGAGAGUAAAGAUAGGCAUGCUGUUGCUAAAAAGUAA